AUGGCGAACGUCGAGCGGCCCGUCCUCAAGAAGAACUUGGAGAGGCUCUUGUCCAGUCCGUCGGAGUCGAAUCGAGUCUUCUUUGUCCACGACCGCCGACGCGUACAAACGCAUCGUGUGCACCACCACGUGGCGCCGUACCCCACCAAUAUUGUACGCACCUCCAAGUACACAGCCCUCACUUUUCUGCCAUGCAUCCUCUUGGAGCAGUUUCGGCGGGUCGCGAACGUAUUCUUCCUCGCCAUUGCUGUCCUCCAGCUCACGACGUCGCUGUCGCCGACACACCCGAGCUCGACAGUGCUACCACUUGGUGUCGUGCUCGUUAUCACAUUGGUCAGAGAAGCCGUCGACGACUACAAGCGCCACGUAGCAGACACCGCGGUCAAUCGAUCGACCACCCAUCGCCUCGUCGACACCACGUUCGUGCCAGUGGCAUGGCAGUCACUUGAGGUGGGGGACAUUGUCAGGGUGAACGACGGCGAGGACUUGCCUGCAGAUCUCCUCCUCAUGGUCUCCGGUGGCAGCAGCACUAGCGAUGACACCUCGAUCGAGUCUGCACAAUCCGCGUUCGUCGAGACAUCAAGUCUGGACGGGGCAUGUCUGCCCAAGAGGAAGUUGUGCCUUGAAGGACCGUCGACCAGCAUUGCUCCAUCCAUCGCGCUAGAGACUUUCCACGGUUGGCAAAUCUCAUGCGACCCCCCCAAUCCAGCGCUCGAUCGCAUGACCGGAAGCGUUGUGAAUGUCUCGUCGGAAAGCAGCAAGGACACAGAAACCAUGUUCACCAUCGAUAAUGUUCUCCUCCGAGGCACGACAUUGCGACACACGAAAUGGGUAGUUGGUAUCGUCCUGGCGGCUGGCCACGACACCAAGUUGCUGCAGACAUUUCGUCGCCCCAUGGCCAACGUAUCCCAGAUCGAUCGGGUCGCGAACCGAUACAUCUGCGUCAUGAUCGGGUUGUUGUUGAUUGUCGUCACCGCAAGUGCGGCAGCCGGAGAGGACUUUGUGCAGCCACACAAAGCAGUGCGCGCUCCAUUCGUCGGCGACGUUGGCAGCGGGGCGACGAUGGAGUUUGCCACGCUGUGGAUAACCUACCUCAUCUUAUACAGCCACCUGGUCCCGAUCUCGUUGUACUCGACACUGGAACUGGUCAAGUGGCUCCAAACCAAGCAAAUCGAACGAGACAGGUCCUUGCGCUGUCCAACGACAGUGCGCCCUGCCAGCGCAAUGACCUCCGACCUCAACGAACACCUUGGCCUAGUCAACUUUAUCUUCGCCGACAAAACAGGCACCCUCACCGCCAACGAGAUGGUGCUACGAAAGACGAGUAUCGCCGGGAUGAUUGUGGACCAUAGCGCACCGUCGCCCCACCUUCCCAACACUGCCGCGAGUCGGGCCUUUGUGCGAUGCGUCCUGCUGUGCCACUCGGCGACGCACCAGGGCGAGCAACUCGACGCCUCAUGUCCGGACGAAAUGGCAAUGCUGGUCGGGUUCGCUCGAUUGAACUGCAGGUUUCGCCGGCGCCUUCCCCACAGCAACGUCGUCGACAUUUUCAUCUUUGGCGACGUCGAAACGUACUCUGUUCUGGCCACGAUUCCAUUCGACAGUGUCCGCCGUUGUAUGUCGGUCUUGGUCCAGCGUGAUGGCGAAGAUGCUGCAAUUGUAUUUUUCAAAGGAGCGGACAGUGCGCUGAUGCCGUUGGCACCACCAGACGACACGACAAAGGCCAUUGCGCACAACGUGCACGAGUUUGCAAGCUCCGGACUUCGCACCCUCGUAUUUGCGUCCCGAACAGUGGACGGCAUGGAUGUGGCUUCACUCACGGACGCCGCCAAGCGAAGAGCAUCGGGCGAUUGCCCCGACAGCGGCAAGGACGUGCUGGUACGUGGGCUCGAUGGGGGCACUCCGAUUUCAAUCCUUGGAGCGACGGGGGUCGAAGAUCGGCUGCAAAUCGGCGUCGCCGACUGCCUGUCCAUGUUGUUUCGAGCUGGGAUGCGUAUUUGGAUGGUCACGGGGGACAAGGAUGAAACUGCGGUGGCUGUGGGGCACUCCUGUGGCCUCCUGACCACCCAUUCCAACCCACGUCCUGACGAAACUCCCAACGGACCUCUGCAGCAACAGCACGUGCUGUCCGUGGAUGGAACCACGGCCGACGAAUGCCUCGACCAGAUCACGCAACAUCGUCGGGCGCUAAAAAAGCAAGGGUUGUGGAAUCCUGCGACGGUGAUCCCGACCAUCGCUAUCGUGCUGAAUGGGUUUGCGUUGGAGGCGAUCUUGUCCGCUCCGAACGAGAUUCCGACGGGCCAUCUCAUGGACUUGAUUGUCCAAGCUAGGUCUGUGAUAGCGUGUCGACUGUCUCCGGUGCAAAAAGCAUCGUUGGUCGAGCUGGUCAAGCUUCACCAUCCUCGCAACGUGACGUUGGCCAUCGGGGACGGCGGGAACGAUGUGCCAAUGAUUCACACUGCGCACAUCGGCGUCGGGCUGUACGGGAAUGCUGGCUUGCUCGCUGCGCGCGCGUCCGAUGUCGCGAUUGCGCGCUUUCAGCUUUUGUUACGAUUGCUGCUCCUGCACGGUCGGUGGAACCACCGCCGCAUCAUGCACGUCGUCCUCUUCACGCUGUACAAGGGCAUCGCCCUCACCACGACGCUCGGGCUCUUUUCGUUCUUCACGGGGUUUUCCGGCCAGUCCCUGUUCGAUUCAUACUUGAUCGUCGGGUGGACCGUUGUGUACACGCUUGCCCCUGUCCUUGUUGUUGGCGUGGUGGACCAAGAUAUCACGGCGCCGACGAUCCUGGCCUAUCCUGCCAUCUACCAAGAGAUGGAGCCCAUCAAUGCGCGCAAAGUGUUGCUCUGGGUCGCGUCGGCCGCGCUGCAUUCGUCCAUUAUCUUGUACACCGUGGCGAAAUCAAUUCGGUCGAGUGCACUGGAGGCAGGAGGGGUCGUUUACGUCGGCACGGUCGUCUUCGCCGCCCACCUCUUGGCCGCCACGGUCAAGGCUGCCAUGACCAUGCAUCGAUGGCAUCGUUGGCAGCCGGUUCACGUUGCGUCGUUGAUGCUGGGCCCUGUAUUGUUUGUGCUUUUUGUGGCGAUCUUCUCGCAUCGGUAUGGCCCAUGGCCUGGCUUGCAUGUGGCGCGAGACAUAGCUGGUGUCGGCGAGGUCAUGGUUUCCGACGCGCCGACGCUCUUUCUCGUCGUUUUCGUCGUCGUCCCCGCAAGUGUGCUCCCGGAUGUCGCGUUCUUUGGCUUCCAACGUUUGUACUUUUACUCGAACCGCCAUGUUCUCCAAGAAAUCGAUAGCUGCUUGGGCAGCACGAGGCCCCGUCGAUCAGGGACGAAAACGCAAGCCGUGGCUCCAUGCCCCGACACUCCCGCGCCCAUAGUUCUCGCCCCCGACACCCCCGCGACAGAGUCCACCAGCCCGAAUUGGCCAGCAUCUCCCUUCCCUCCACCCGAGGAAGCUCCAAUGACGUCGCAACCCGUCGUCGCACCCCCUUCCGAAUGCGCGAUUCUCAUUGCCCUGCUGCAACGUUUGCACGCCACCCAUCGAGCCGACCCCGAAGACAACGUCCUUGCCGCCACCGACACCAAGAUGCACCCGACGAAAAUGGAAUUCGUCGGCAAGCAACGAGUGGCUCUCGAACGUGAGUUUGACGCAAGCGCUGUCCACCACGAACUCCGUCGCGUUCGCGUGUACGUGUACGUGGCAGCGUGCCUGAUGCUGGUCAGUUUGCUGGUCGAAUACUUUGUCACAUCAGUUGCAGCCCACCCCGACACUCAGCAGCUGCCGCUUGGUCGAGUCGAUGCACCAGCCCACGUGGCGAGUGUUCGACAGGCAGUGGCACCCACCCAAGGACGAUUCAUGACGCCAUUCUUGGUAUCGCGGCUUACCAUCGUGGUGUUGGCGCUGGCCUACGCCCAGGCGACACGCACGUCCAUGUUUGCCAAGCACUAUCACGUGGCCAUUCUCGUGCCGAUGGCCGUCACGGGCGUCGUCAUCUCGGCCACGAUAACAGUGACGGGGUAUGUAUCGGCCGUGUUGUUUCCUAUUGUGGUGCUGACCAUGCUGCACGUGCGCUUCACGGCGGCGUUGAUCGUCGUGCUGGUCAACUUUGCGAUCUACCUCGUCCUCCAAGUGUUCGGCGACGACUCGGUACUAUCGGCCACCGAACUCGGCGCGUUCACGUGCUACAUCGCGCUGGUCGUGGGGCUGGCGGCACACGGGUGCUGGCGCAUGCAAUACGCGAUGCGCGUCGACUUUUUGCAACACCGGGCGCUCGCGAUGGAAGAGUUUCGCGCGGUGCACAUCCUGCGCAACAUGUUUCCGCCCCACGUGAUGGCAAAGCUCAAGGCCGGCGAUGCCAUCAUCUCCGAGGAAGAGCCAGACGUGACGGUGCUCUUUUGCGACAUCGUCGACCUCCACGCGUUCAUGCGUGAUCAUGCUCCCGCCGAAGUCGUGGCGCUGCUGGACCACAUUUACUCGCUCUUUGACGAGAUGUGCGUGCGGUUCGGAGUGCAAAAGAUGGAGACGGUCGGAAAAACGUACAUGGCGUGCGCAGGGAUGCAGUCCGGGGGAGUCGGCGGCCAAAUGGCGGCGCUUCGUGCCGCCAGUCUAGCACAAGAAAUGAUCCGCCUCAUGGCAACAUGUCGGACACCCCGCGGAACAACCAUCCCGCUUCGCAUUGGGCUCAACAGCGGACGCGUGCUCAGUGGGCUCGUCGGGCGAAAGAAGCAGCAAUUUUCCCUCUUUGGUGACACGGUCAACACAGCGUCGCGCAUGCAGAGCACAGGAGUCGUCGGUGCUGUCCAAGUGUCGGAAGCCACGCACCACCACCUCAAAGCGUCGUUCUCGUUUGAAUCGAGACAAGUUGAAGUCAAAGGAAAGGGGUCGAUGACGACGUAUUUAUUGGGGGCGCCCAUGUCGGACAUCUUGCGAGAGCUGGUCCGGCCGCGACGAGACCAGCCACCGCCGUCGAAUGGGACAGGAACCGAUCGCCACGAUGUUGCGAUGAAGGCCAAUGUCCACUGGCUGUGGCUGCAUUUUGUCCAGGACGGCAUGGAAGCAGCUUACAUCAAAUCCACGGCAGUCGCCCGGGACACGGCUGCAACGUACACGACGUACGCGCUUGGGCUAUACAUGGGGUUUGCCCUUGUCCGGGACAUCGUGCUCGGUUUCAACGACGCUCGAAUCUCCACGGCCAUUCUUGCCUUUGGCAUUUUGUCGCGAGCGGCCAUGGUGGUGUUCACGGCCGGGAUGUUUUGGUGGCGGCCAGCGAGUGUGCUAGCUCGUCCCUGCGUCGUGGCCUCUGCUGCGAUGGUGACUAUGGCCGUUUACCAUAUCUUGGCCGUCCAGACCUGCGGCGUCGACAAGCAGGGCGACAUGCUCGCCCUCGACAUUGCCCUGGUCAUGUUUGCCGUGUCGAACAGCGGGGCGGUCGUGCAUCGCACGGCGAUCUGGUACAAUCUGGCGAUGUGGAUCGUCAGCGUCCUUGUGUUUGUGCUGUCGUACCGUUGCGACAAUUCGUCCGAGUCCAUGCAUCCGAUCAUCCUGACCUCGUGCACCGCGAUUGCCAACGUGACGAUCUCGAGGCGCAUCGAGUUUUUCAACCGUCGCGUGCUGUGGCUGCAACGUCGAACGCAGCUCGAGACGAAAAAGGCCGAUGAGCUGCUGUACCAGCGGUUGCCCGAAGCUGUCGUCCACCGCAUGAAGCGCGGCGAAGUAGUGUGCGACGAGCACUUGAUGGUCGGCAUCUUGUACUCGGACAUCAAGGGGUACACGUCGAUUGCGUCCAAGGCCAACACGGAGCAAGUGAUUCACAUGCUCGACGCGAUCUUCGCCGCGUUCGACGCACUCACGGAAAAACACAACGUUUUCAAGCUGCAAACCAUCGGCGACGCGUACGUGGUCGUUUCGGGCCUGCCCUACGUCGAUGCGACCGUCCCCGUCGUCGAAGCCGGCAAAGACGGGAUUCCCAAGCUCCUGCGCCAGGACACCAACCCGGACGCCGCGAUUCAGGAAAUCGAGCAGCUCGAUCAAGCGCGGAAGCGAACGACAAAGACGCCGUGCGUCCGCGUGGAUCAACACCUCCAAAAUCUCGUGCACCUCGCCCUUGACAUGAUCCAUCAAGUGUCCAAAGUGCACGACCCCAACACAAACGAACCGCUGCAAAUGCGCAUUGGCAUCCACUUGGGCAGCAUCUACGGCGGCGUCAUCGGGAACACGACGCUGCGGUACGACAUGUGGGGUCCGGAUGCGCUCACGGCCAACGAAGUUGAAAGCAACGGCGUACCGGGGAAGGUGGUCGUGACGGCCGCCGUGAAGGCGGAACUCGACGAACUUGGGAUACAAUGCCAUUACCACUGUGACAUCAAGCCCAACAUCCAAACCUACGUCGUGCAGCUCGAGCCCGGCCAAGACUUGGCGCGGAGCGACAGCCCGCGUCGCGCGACGUCGGCGGUCGGGAGCGGCGGCAAUUCCCCCGCCAAGCUGCGCAAGUCGUACUGAUUCAUGUCGCUAAUCUUCGUCAGACCAAUCGGACGGUUCCGACAUCCCGAGUGAAUCGGACCGGCCGCGGUUGGUGACCACGUCGAGGCCGCGCAUGCGCUAAGAGCAUCACAACCAC